AACGGCAACCCGGUCGGCCGCCCGAAGAAGGUGGUCGCGCCCGUGGCACCUCCCGUAGUCGUGCAAGCGGCCAGCGCGCCGCAGCUCGAGCUCGCGGUGGACCACGUGGCCACGACCGACGCCUACUCGCCGCCGCCGCCGGGUCACCACCUCCACUACGCCGCCUUGCAGCAGCAGCAGCAGCAGCAGCAGCAGCAGCAGCAGCAGCAGCAGCAGCAACAGCAGCAACAGCAACAACAGCAGCCGCACCAUCACCACCACCACCACCAACACCAGCAGCAGCAGCAGCAGGCGAUGAUGGCCCAGCACCAUCACCCGCACCAGCAGCAGCACCAUCACCACCACAUGGCAGCCUCGUCCUCGCAGCCCUCCUAUCAGGACUGGGACUGGACGAGCGAGGGCUGCGAUUGAACGGCCGAGGCUGCCCGCUGACUGACGUGAAAGCAAAGUGCGCGCUGGUUGUGUCUCCUAUAUAUACAUAUACGAUAGACAAUUGUUCUUCGUUUGUUUUCAUCUGUUUAUUUGAACUGAUCUGUUAGUCUCUCUUUCCUCGACUUGUCGCAGCGACAAACGAAUGCCCGCGCGUGCGCUUACAAGCAAUAAAGUGAUAAUGGUCGGGCGCCGCCCUCGCGUCUCAGGGUACAGCAGCUCGUGGUCAUCCGUCGACAGGACAAUCCGCCCUGGCGAAUCUUGCGCGCGCCGAUCAGAGCAAGAUCCUCGUAUUUUUCCAUGUAGUAUGUUACGAGCCCCCAAAGGGAUAUUUUUCGACAGCCUCGGCUCUCGCGCACCUCCUCGGCCAACAGCCGCCAGCUCGAGCUGGGCUCUCUUGUUCUUGUUCUUCUGGAUCCUCGCCAUCCAUGCUCCCUUGCCCUGUCUGUCUCGUUUUGCCGCAGACCUCUAAGUGUCAAUGUACAUAUAUAUAGUUAUACCUCGAGACGCUCCGCGUAGCGUUCGACAGCGCUCGUGUUCGGCGCGCCGCACCACACGACCACACGACAACGCGACCAAUGCGACCACGCACGCACGCACGCACGCACGCAUACACACACACGCAUAGACUCCGACACACAUCCGCGAGCAGCGCGACAAUCUUUCCGGGAACGGACGAACGGGCGACGAGAGAAGCUGCAGCGACAGCCACUCGCGCGCGCGCCGAGCUCGGUCCGCGCGCGAAUCGACGGUCGCUGCACCCGCAAUAAAUGUAACAUAAAUGUAUAAUCUUAUCAAAGCGAUGGCAAAACCAUGUAAAAUCUGUCAAGUAUCACGUUUAAGCAAAGCAAGCGCGUUCGCGGCCAAUACUGUGCAAUACCCUACACGCUAACCCGUUGGUCAAUUGAUAAGAUAUGGCAGCUGCGAAAGGAGCAACAAGUCUAAGUAACCGCUCGUAUUGCUUGCGACUGGCGCGCUCUCCACAAACUCGUCGACGUCCUUCACUACUAGUACGCGACAUGUGUUUAGCAGCCUGACGUUUGUCCAGCGCCACUACACGCGAUAUACCUCUGUCUCACAAUACUGGCCCGAACGAGAUCAAGUUCAAUAGCGAGCAGCUAUAAGAAAUCACAAUCGCCCCGAGCAAAACCUUCGAUGUAAACUGUAUCAUAAAAAGAAACUGGUUAUUACUCGUUCUCUCGUUCCGCAAAUAGCGAACUUUUGUUCCGAAUAAAAAGAGUGAGAGAGAGAGAGAGAGAGAGAGAGAGAGGAGAGAGAGAGAGAGAGAGAGAGAGGGAGAGAGGGAGAGAGUGAGCGAGAGAGGGAAACGACGCAAAGAAGAUGGAGAAGCACGAAUCGUUCUGCAUGCUUAAUGAUCCGAGAAGUGGGAGAGUCGAGGAGCCAAGUGUCUUACCGAAGGAAGAGACCGUGAGGUGAGCGCCAAGGAGAGAGGGGGAGCGAUGGUGUGCGUGUAAUUUAAGAAAAAUAAUGCGCUGUACAUAGAAUGAGGAGAAGAAAACAAAAACGGUAGAACAACAAGCAAACAAACAAAAGAAAAACUACGAUUUUGUAUAUUGUUAAAGAUUUGUGUGAUAUAAAUGGUUAUUCACGAGAGGCCGCCGAGGGGGGCAAGCCAACGGCAAAUAUUCAGUUGCCGCUCAGCUCGAAUGACAAUGAGCGAGCUGGCAGAAAACUGGUUUGACCAAGCAGCUCUCGACGGCCGAUCCUCCAAUUGCGUUUUAGUUAAUUUUGUUAUUUGAUUUAUCCUCGAUUGAGCGAAAAGAAAAAAAAAACAAAAAAAUCAAAUAAAAACUAUUUCUGCGGACAAAAAGCCAACGGGAUGUCUUCCUUGAACGAGCGAACGACACGCCCGAUUGCGUAUGGCUCUUGUAAAAUAAUGCAACGCGGUUCUUCACGAGCGCAAGAAAAUAAAACACACGUUUAUUAAUUAAUAAAGAUACAAGUUUUUAG